UGGUAACUACGAAGUGCGUUAUAAAUCUAACGUUUUAAUUUAUCCUACCGGUGAGGUUCUUUGGGUACCUCCGGCCAUUUAUCAAAGUUCUUGCACCAUUGAUGUCACCUACUUUCCCUUCGAUCAACAGACUUGUAUUAUGAAAUUUGGUUCGUGGACCUUUAAUGGUGAUCAGGUGUCGCUGGCUUUGUAUAACAAUAAGAAUUUUGUGGAUUUAUCGGAUUAUUGGAAAUCGGGUACUUGGGAUAUAAUAGAAGUGCCCGCCUACUUAAAUGUCUAUGAGGGUGAUGGUAAUCAUCCUACGGAAACCGAUAUUACAUUUUACAUCAUUAUACGCAGGAAAACUCUCUUCUACACGGUGAAUUUAAUUUUGCCCACUGUGCUGAUUUCAUUCCUUUGUGUUUUGGUAUUUUAUUUGCCCGCAGAAGCUGGAGAAAAGGUGACUUUGGGUAUUAGCAUUUUACUGUCACUGGUUGUGUUCCUGUUGCUUGUAUCGAAAAUUCUACCGCCCACUUCCCUAGUGCUGCCACUCAUAGCCAAAUACUUACUCUUCACCUUUAUCAUGAAUACCGUUUCGAUUUUGGUAACGGUCGUCAUUAUCAAUUGGAAUUUCCGAGGUCCUCGCACGCAUCGUAUGCCCAACUGGAUACGUAGAGCUUUUCUACAAUAUCUACCUGCCAUCUUGCUAAUGAAACGUCCACGCAAGACACGUCUUCGUUGGAUGAUGGAAAUGCCUGGCACUAGUGCUCAAACGUAUCCCACUUCAUAUGGUUCACCAGCUGAGAUGCCGAAGCAGAUAAGUGCCAUCGGGGGUAAACAAUCGAAAAUGGAAGUUAUGGAAUUGUCGGAUUUACAUCAUCCAAAUUGUAAAAUAAAUCGUAAAGUUAAUAGUGGUGCUGAGCUGGGUAUUGGUGAUCAUGGACGUCGAGAGAGUGAGUCCUCUGAUUCGAUUUUAUUGUCGCCAGAGGCGAGUAAGGCCACCGAGGCGGUAGAGUUUAUAGCGGAGCAUUUAAGGAAUGAAGAUUUGUAUAUACAAACCCGAGAAGAUUGGAAAUAUGUUGCCAUGGUUAUAGAUCGUUUACAAUUAUAUUUGUUCUUUAUUGUUACCACUGCCGGUACCAUUGGUAUUUUAAUGGAUGCCCCACACAUUUUCGAAUACGUGGAUCAAGAUCGUAUUAUUGAAAUUUAUAGAGGAAAAUAAAUUGGAUAUUUUAAAGCAAAACCAACAAAAACCAAGGAAAAUAAAAGAUGAAAAAAUGUUUUUAUAUUAAAUUAAGUAACAAAAACUAAAACAUUAAAGUUAAACAUUGCAAAUUGCAACAUAAUAAUUAG